AUGGGAUCGACUGCCAUCGACUCGGCCCCGGCCCCGGCCGGCAAGGUCGCCUUUGGCAAGCCCAUGCGUGCCCUCUUCCCCUUUGCCCCGACCUACCGCAACCUCAACCAUGGAUCGUACGGCACCUAUCCCUCUGCCAUCGGCGCCGUCCGCGCCCAGUUCCUCGCCGACCACGAGGCCCGCGCCGAAAUCCACAAGCGCCUGGACAGCCCGGAGCUGGUCCGCAAGGCCCGCGCCGCGUUCCAGCCGCUGCUCGGCGACAAUGUCAAUGUCAACGAGGUCGUCAUGGUCGCCAACGCCACCACCGGCGUCAACGUGGUGCUGCGCAACCUCGCGGUCAACUGGUCUGCCCCGGUGCCGGACGCGGGCGAUGCCGUCCUCUACUUCACGCCCAUCUAUGGCGCGUGCGACAAGACCCUGCAGAGCCUGGCCGAGGCGGGCCGCGUGCACAACGUCGAGGUCCAUGUGUCGUUCCCGGCCGACGACGACGACGCCGUCGUGCAGAAGCUGCGCGACGCCUACGCGGCCGCCACCGCGCGCGGCCUCAAAGUGCGCCUCGCCAUCUUCGACACCAUCGUAUCGGCGCCCGGUGUGCUGCUGCCGUGGGAGCGCCUGACGGCCGUGUGCCGCGAGCUCGGCAUCCUGUCGCUGCUCGAUGCCGCGCACGCCAUUGGCCACAUUGACCUGACGCACCUCGGCGACCCGGACGUGUCGCCCGACUUCUUCGUGUCCAACCUGCACAAGUGGCUGUUUGUGCCCCGCGGCUGUGCCAUGCUGUACGUGCCCUUCCGGAACCAGCACCUGCUGGCCACGAGCCUGCCGACGUCGCACGGGUACGAGAAGCCCGGCCGGCGCGGCGACCAGUCCGCCGAGGCGCUCCGGGCGCUGUCCACCUCGUCGUCGCCGCCGCCCGACACCUACUUUACCAAUAUCUUUGCCGAAGUGGGCACGCUGGACUACUCCCCGUGGCUGUGCGUCCCCGCCGCCGUCCAGUUCCGCGAGGAGGUGUGUGGCGGCGAAAAGGCCAUCCGCGACUAUUGCUUUGAUCUGGUGCAGAAGGGCAGCGACCGCGUGGCCGCCAAACUCGGCACCGAGGUCAUGGCCAACCCGCGCAGCAACAUGCGCGCGUGCUGCCUCAACAAUGUGCGCCUGCCGUUCAAGGUCUCCUCCGACGGCAACGAUGACACCGACCCCGAGGCCGUGCCGCUCGACCGGUUCGAGGAAAUGCUCGGCUGGUUGACGGCCUACUCCGCCAAGAAGCACGACACGUACUUCCGCAUCACAUACUAUGAGGGCCACCCCUGGGUGCGUCUGAGCGGCCAGGUCUAUCUCGAGCCGGAGGACUUUGACUGGGCCGGCGACGUGCUGCUGGAUCUGGUCGCGCAGAUCAAAACGGGUGACUGGAAGAAGAAGGCCGAGUAA